AUGGACCCCCAUAUAACCCUACGGCACACAGGUCGGUUUAUCAAAGCGGUAUUCUGUACCAGUCUGCUGUUUGUGCUGGCUCAUAUCUGCUUCCAGACAGUGCUAUACACCUACCCUCCUCUCAACAUCGCCAUAGGUGAUAACUGUUCACAAUGGGACACCAUAACCAGACAUAUAGGACUGUCCAGGCUUCCCCUGGAUGAUCCUUGGAGUGUGUUACGCCUUCUGUGUCCUGACCUGGGUGUGUGUAUGGUUGCCUUGGUAACAGUCAUCCUCUGCAGCAGACUGGUCAGGAACAGAGAGAUGGUGGCUGCUGCCAACAUUACAUCGCUAGAAGGUGAUCCAACAGACAAAACCACAGAUGAUGAGGAGGAGGAGGAAGAGGAAGAGGAGGAAGAGGUAUCAGGAGAUGAAGAUGAAGAAGAGAGGUCAUUAACUGGUGAACCUGACGAGGAGGUUUCCACAGCAACCAGAGCCAAGCAGCUGGCUGAGCGUCUGAAGGCCACAGCCCGGAAAGUUCUGCGGGACCUGGGGAGAAUCUUGGCCGUCAGCCUGCUGGCGUUGGCUGGCAUCACACUGCCCUCUGCCUUCUCGGCCAUCUACUUCCUGCUCUUCAUCGGCGUGUGCACAUGGUGGGCAUGCCACCUUCCCAUGAGUUCCCUGGGUUUCAAUGCACUGUGUGUGAUGGUGGGCUUCUUCACUUCUGGUCACAUGGUUUGUCUGUACUUGUACCAGAGUCUGCUGGCCCAGGCCCUGUUUCCCCCACACAGUCUGUGGGCCAGGUAAGACGAUAGAUGCAAAAGGUAUA